AUGAUACUGGGAAGAAUAGGGGUACCCAAGAUCAUACCAACAUGUCUCAGGCCAAUACGUCAAUAUAUUUCACUUCCAACACCAUAUUUUAACAUACCCAAAACGAUAAGAAUAAUAGAACAGAAAAAGAAAGAACAGCUACGCAUAGAGAAUAAGUUACCUGUCAACACAGAUCAGAUAUUUGAUUUUAUAUCGUUGAAUCAAAAUCAAAAGGAACAUAUAAAGAUUUCUAAUAGAAUAAAAGACGCUAAAUCAUUUUUAGGUGAUGAAUAUAAAUUGAAUGAUGAGCUGAUCACUCUUUGUUUAAGACCAAGAUCAGAAAGACAAGUUCAAAUAUCUUUAGAUGAAUCAAGUGAAAGAACACUUGUAUGUGCUUCAAAUUUUGAGCUUGUGGGUAAAAGGUUAGUAGAUCUUCAGAAGACCUUACUUAUUUUGGAAUUACAACUAGAAGAUAAACAAGGUAAUAUAAAUGGAUUAAAUAUUGACAGGCUUGAAGAAAAAAUCCAAACAAUAAUGUUCUCAAGUUAUGUAAAGAAAAAGUUUAUCAAAAGAACCAUAUUGCCAAAGAUAAUUACAGCUCAUCAAGGUGCUUUAAUGAAACAGAGAAGAGCUUUAGCUCUUAGUUCCCUUUAUACAAUGAUUGGAUGUAUAUCAUUUAGUAAAGGUGAGAGAAAAGCUAUAAAAUUCAUCAAAGAUAAAGUACUACGCGGUGAUGAUGGUAUUAUGCAAUUAUCAAUUAAUGAAAUUAACAAAUGA